CACAAAGACACGCCACUCAGUACUACGAAUGUUAGGAAAGGAGUCAGGCCGGCCGCGUUUAACACCCUUUCUCAAGGUAAAGGCUGAAGUUUUUGUUGUUCAUGACAAUCGUUUACAAGCGUUCAAAAAGUAAUCCCACGUAAGACACGUUGCCAUUUUUCUCGAAAUAUGUUCAGACAUUUCACAACUUAGGAAAUUUUCGUGACGGACAAGAUGGCGGAUUUGGCGGAGGAAGGGUUCAAUAAUCUGCGUUAGUGGCGGUUUUGUGGAGUUAUUUGUUCUUUUAAACGAUUCCUCGCCCUUACGAAGUAGAAAACCAGAGGCAGAAGCGAAAAACUGGGUGAUGAGUAAAGCUGGUCCGCGAUUAGUCGUCGUGAAAGAUUUGAAUGGUGAGAUAAGCUGGUGUGCGAAUUGAUUUAGUGAGAAAAUUAUGUCGACAAUAUCACGAGAAAGGUUCUUGUCGAAGUGCUCAGGGGAAGUGCAAGUUCUUUCUGGCAUACUUGUAAAGGAUUUAUCGAAGAAAACUGUCAUGGUAAUGCAACCGCUUGCACUCGCUGACAACGAGAAGGUUAAUUGCGUUCGUUUCCAGCAUUUGCGAUCCUAAAUUUGAUUUUUUGUGCCAAAAACAAUCUAAGAUUGCAAUCUGAACGACCCCCCUUUGCACUUGGAUCGUUUAAAUUGGUAUCUCUAUCUGGUUUCAGAUCUUUGUUCCACUUAUUAUAUGAAACUGCUUUUCGAUCGCAAAAACGUGCUCUUUCAAUCAUUAGUAAAUACGGAGGGUCAAUUGAAGGUUAGUUCAGGCAAAAGACAUUUUUUGCUCCGGCCUUCGUUGUUCGAUUCUAUGCCGCUAAAGGAUUGUAGUAUAUUAAACAAAGUUCCACUGUUACUCUAAAUCCGUGAGGAAGUGAAAACGCUUAGAGAUUGUCACCGCAAAACUAUACUGUCCAAUGUCUGUGUGUGUUUAGACCGCGGCUUCUCAGCGCUUGAGGACUUGAGAGUUCGUAGUUGUCUUCUGAAUUUCUUGAAUCAAAUUCCAGACAAUUUUUAAGUUGACGAGACCCAGUAUGAGCCACCACUAGUCAAAGAGCUAAUUUUAUUUUCUUUCCCUUUCUCCACGAGAAGGCGCUUAAUUUAGCUGAAAGAAGUAAAAAACGAUGCCUUGAAAUUGACAAGAAGAUCGGAGCGGCAGGCAGUUUAACUGUAUGGAUCAAUCUUAUUUCAGAUUGUUGUUUCGGCUCGCACGAAAAUCCAAACAACCUGGAUUGUCCAAAUCCAAAAAAACUUUGGCUUAAAGGAAUGCAACCUUAAUUGGGAUUGUCUAGUAAACAUCCGAACGGGACUGUCAAAAAUAUUGUUGCGUUGUUCUCAUUGUUCCCGUUUGGAGUAAUGGCCAUGAGUGACUGUCGUACGGAUUUGGUGGAUCAGUUUUUAAUUUGGUCUAAGGAAAACAGUAUGAUUUGUAAUCCGUCGAAAUGUAAAGAAAUUAUUUUUCGGAAGAAAGGUUUUAUUCAGGAUAUUGCGCAAGUUAAUAACAUUCCACAAUGCACGGAGCUGCCCAUUUUAGGUGUUACGUUUCAGGCCGAAUUGUAAAUACAGCGAACACGUAUGUGCUAAGUUGAUUAAGGCAAAUAAGUGUCUGUUUGUAUUACGAUCUUUACGGAAGGAAGGUUUCAGUCAAGGUGAAGUGAACCUACAGCUGCACUUCAGGCCUGGCUGCACCAAUUUAGCGCCUUAGUUUUACCGAAUUUCACUUAUGGUCUGCCUGUUUUAUGGCGCUGUAGACUCAGCUCAGAUCUCACGGUCAUACAAAACUUUCUGGAUAGAUGCUUUAAAAGGAAAUACACAUCUAAGAGAAUGGACAUUCGAGAACCUUUAGAAAAGGCAGAUAAGAAGCUUUUCAAGAUACGUUCAGUGGAUCCCGAUUGCCCGCUCAGUAACGUCAAUCCGAAGAAGAAAGAAGCAAACUAUCUACUCAGAAAAAAAAGUGCUCAUCGGCCAGAUAUAAAGACUGAUGUUUAAGAAUAUUUUUGUAAAUAGGAUAAUUUUUAUAUACAAUCUUUGAUCUUCUAUUAUUUGUAUACAGUAUGUCUUGUGUAUUUUUAUCUUUUUAUUUGUAACUUAAGAUAUGUCGUUUUAUCUUAGGAGAAUAAAGAUUGAUUGAUUGAUUGAUUGAUUGAUCUUGAAAAGGUCUGAUGCUGGUUUUAGUUUUAAGGGGCCGGGGAGGCUGAAUUUAUAAAGAAAAAUGCGGGACCAACCUGUAAGGAAAUUCAGUGAUCAAGUACCGUAAAUGAUCGAUUAUAAUAUUACUUCAACUACGGAUAAAAAACUGAAGGGAGUUAUUAGUAAUUGUUAUUCUUAUUUUUCUUCUUAUUGUUGUUGUUGUACAGUUUCGCACAGGUUACCAACCUCAUAAGUCAUGGAGUUUGAGCGUGAACGAAAGCUGUGUGUUUCCAGUUCUUGCAGCUCUGUUCAAGACUCGCGUAAACUUUUACCCUCCAACAAGGCUGUUUUCGAUUGCAUUGUGAAAGAAUACAGUGGCACGGUGUCCUUUGAUGUCAUUUCAAAACGAAAAGAUUUGUUUCCUAGCGGUUGUGAGGACGUUGCUAAGUGGUUCGGAGCCAGAAAAGAAAGCUUUUUAAUCAGAGAAAAGGAAGGAAUCAUCACCGAGGUCAGUGCCUUCUGUCGAAAGGCAAGGAUUUGUUUCAAGGAGAAGUGUUUUCAGAAGGAUUGUCAGUUCUUUCACGUGUGUAGGGAGUACAUCGCUGGCUUCUGUAGGCGUGGUACUGGGUGCCAAAGAAAUCACUGCUUUCAGUACGAUCGAAAUCGAAAGUUAAUUUCGAAACUCAAGUUGGAUGGUUUGACAGACGAACAACUCCGCAAUUUGUUUCAGCUUUCAUCGCCUCAAGUAUGUUUGGACUAUAACAAUGGACGUUGCACGAACGGUUUGUCGUGCGGCCAAGUUCACAUUUGCAAGGAUUUUAUCAAGAAGAGGUGCGACUAUGAGGAAGACUGUGGUCUCCGACACGAAAGCGCGUUUGCCGAAGCUCACACCACUGCAGUACUUCAGAACUAUGGCAUGAGAGUCAUAGGAGGCAAAUUUAAUUCAGUGCUUCGCACGCUUUUGGUAUGCGAGAAAAAAAUUUCCAGGGGUUUGAAGGACCCCAAGGGCAAUAUCCCUGCUAAGGGCGUGGCCACUAGAGUGAGCAAGAAAGAUCAGCACAUAUCAUCGAAAGUAGCCGUGGCUGCAAGUGCCACUGCUAAGCCGGCUGAGGUUAAAGUCUUCGAAUGCCUUUGCAAAGAGUACGAUUGCUGUGCCUCUUUUUCUGUGAUUUCCAAACGAACAGAUUUGUUCCCGUCUGAAUUUAAGGAUAUAGAAUCGUGGUUUUGUAGCAGGAAAGGAAGUUUCCUCAUUACAGAAGACGAUCACGGAAAGAUAACCCAAGUGGACGCUUUCUCUACAAAAGCACGUUUAUGUCUCAGUUACAAUAACUCUUAUGGGAAGUGCAAUAGAGGGAACUGUUCCUACUUGCACGUCUGUAGAGAGUACAUAACCGAUUCCUGUAGCAACGGAGCAACAUGCCCGCGAAAUCAUCACUUCCAAGAUGAAAGAGAAAGAGCUCUAUUGUCGAAGAUUAAGCUUGACAAGUUAACAGAUGAGCAACUUAGGAAGCUCGUUCUUUCAUCUACUCCCCAAAUCUGUGUAGAGUACAACCAUGGUUUAUGUGAUCGUGCUGAGUCGUGUUCUAAAAUACACAUGUGUAAAGAACAUUUGAAAAAGUGUUUUAGAAGGGGAUAUGGCUGUGACUUACUUCAUGAAGAAGCCAUGAACACUGAACACACCCAAGCGAUCCUUGAACGUUUUCAGCUAGGACACCAUAAAUUAGACCUGGUAAAGAGAAUUAUUCUUGUUUGUGAUCAGCGCGAGAAAUCCGCCUGUUCAAAAGAAAAAACUACAGGUAAGUAAUGUAAAAUUCUGUUAUCCCUACGACAUCUCUCUCUAUUUAGGUAAUUUUCGUUUUAAUACGCAUUUUCCGUAGAAAAAUAGUCGCUUCCAACCUAAGACGCUAAAAACGUAGUAGUCUUCAAGGUCCACAGCUAGGUACUUUAAUGCUGCGGUUUUCGAAACCCGGGGCACAAGAAGCCUUACUUAUUAAAUUACAUUGUUGAACAGUAAGUUUGAACAUCAUGAUUUUAGCGGAAAGGGAAAAUUUAGCUUUAGAUAUAACACAAUGAAAGUGUUUAAAAGAAGGAAGCUGCCAAUGAAAGACGGAGGGCUAAGACGGGUAUAAAAAAUUUCCACCCUGGCCGAGGGUUUAGAAAAGUUGGAUUUUCCGUUACCGUUUUGAUCGUGAACGUGAAGACGGAAAACCAGUCUGACAAAAAAUAACAAAGUAAAGAUAAAAAUAAAUGAAUGUAAAUCUUGAAAUACGUUGUUAUCAUAUAUAUAUAUAUAUAUAUAUAUAUAUAUAACUACUGAUACAGUACCUCAAUAGUCAGUGGAAGUAAUGUUAAUCAUGAAAAUGAUUAAAUGAGCCAUCAUUUCUCUUUUUUUUUUUUACUCAAGGCAUUCUGACAGGACACAUUCUCUUCAACAAGCCAGAAGCACCUAUUUGCACAGAGUAUAUUCUUGGCAAAUGUAAGAAUGGUUCUAAGUGUACAGGCCAUCACUGCUUUUUGCCUUACCAUUGGCAAUAUAGCGCAGAUGCAGGUGAAUGGAAGAGUUUUAAUGAAAAAGACAACGAGAAGCUGGAAAAAGUGUAUUGCGACGUGACACUCGAGAAAUGUUCUGCUACAGGCAUGCAAAUAUCACAUGAAAGGUAUGUUAUAAGAAUUAUACACUGAGAAUCUUGUCAAAUUAAUGGAUUUUCACUCAUUUAUACUUAUAAUAAUUAUGCGAAGUUAGUAGACAUACUUCAGCCCAAAACUAAUGUAUGAGAAAAGAUAAAGGAGUAUGUUCAAAUGCAAGGGCUAAAGACAAAUGAACCAACAACAACAACAACAAUAAGCUUUAUUUGCGUUACUAUAACAAAGUAUUACAGUAUUGCAAAAGCUACUUGAAUUUAAUUAUUGAUUUCUUUUUAAAUUAAUUAUUUAAAAUAACUUUAAAUAUAAUAAUCAUUGCUUAUUUUCAACCAUUAGUAGGAUUAAUUAUUCCGUAGACAAGUUUGUCUCUCAAUUCAUUGCCUUUACACAGCCGUUGUUUUAUUUUUCGUUUCGUUCUUUUGGAAAACAUUGGCGAGCGCGCGAGCGAGGCGAACAUGCAAGCGAAGCGAAACAGUAUUUUAGGUUCUAGUUUAGAGAAGAAGAUCUCUCUUAUUGAAGAAAAACUUGGACAACUAAGUGAGUUUCAUCUUCAAUUGUUUUACAAUUGCAGAGACUGCACAGCCUUUCAUCACGUGGUAUAUUGUCGUAUUUACCUGUCUCAAUCCUACGUUUGUGACUGUUUAUUCUCAGUUUUACGAAAUAAUGUUUUCCUAGAAGGGUUCUUUCUUGUUAGAUCUAGGUAGGUAGGGGGGCUAUAAUUCGCUUUGAUUUGGUGGGACCAAAACAUUGGCAUUUUAUGGUAUGGUGCAUUUUUUUAAACAUGAAUGAUAGGUUGACAUUAUUAUCAUUUUAAUAUUCAUAUUUUAGCUAUGGAUUUUUACUCCUUGACGAGAUGUAUGAUGUCGAUUUGCUCAACAAUAAGCUACUGAUUACACGGAAAGAUUUUGAAGUCACGAAACUACGACGCCUAUCUACGGAGUCUUACGUCAACUCAAGCAGCCCCUUAGCUACGGAGUGGAUAUGGUACUGGCAGGACGAAAAUGGACUCUGGAGGAUGUAUGAUCAAGACCACACUGUGAGUAUGGAGAAAUCAUGAUACCUCAAAUCCUCUACUAAGCUCGCCCCCUCUCAAAUAAGCCCCCUCCCUUUAAUAAGCCCCUCCCUUUUCAGGAGAAGAAAAUUAAUAAGCCCCCCCUUCCCCCUUUAAUUGUUCUUCACUAAUAAAUGAUAGACCGUAUUAAUCAAUCACAACCGUAAAACUUCAUGUGGACUGAUCCGAGAUGGUAUAUUUAUCAACUCCUGGAAGUUCGGAUUUGUUUGUGAUCCUCGGCUGCAUAACCUCUAACCUCCUUGUACUUGAGUUUUUCCACUUUGUAUUCUAGUUCUUUAUGGACUACUGAUACCAUCGUCUGUUCUAAAUUAAAUAAUCCUCCCCUCUCAAAUAGGCUCCCGUCUCCAUAAAGGCCCCCCCUCAAAUGGGCUUGAAAUAAAUAAUCCCCCAGGGAGCUUAAUAAAGGAUUUACGGUAACUCACCUGUAAGUAGCCUUACAGUCCCUCAAGGUAAGUGGUGGAGGGGUGAGGGGCGGUUAGGGCCCACCUUGGGUUGUUUCUGUGUAAAGGUUCUGCGAGAAUUGAAGGUUUAAUGGAUAGCUUUUGGUGAGCUCCGCAAGGUUAUUAGUAAUACAGUCGACUCCCGAUAACUCGAACCCUCGCUAACUCGAACCUCGCGCUAACUUGAGCCAGAAUCGAUUUUCCCUGGAUUUCCGUGAUACAUUUACUGUAAUUUUACCCUCGGUAACUCGAACCCUCGAUAACUCGAACUCCCGCUAACUCGAACCAAUUUUCGUUUCCCCUCAGGUCAUUUUCUUUAUAGUUUUACCCUCGAUAACUCGAACCAUGUUUGGAGCCCUGAAAAAGUCGGGAAAAACGCCGUCUACGGGCGUCCGAAACAUUGAAUUUGGAUUUCCUGUUGACGUGUUGUAGGAGUGUAGUUUACUAGUGGAGGCUGAUGUUGAUUGUCACAGGCUAACGUGAAGCAGCUUUUUUUCUCAAAACAAUAAAACGCAUGCUCUAUUUAGGCUAUGUUUUGUUGCGUUACGUUCUGAUUUAUAAUUUAGAAGUAUCUUUUAAUUUUCACUUGACAUUUCUGCAAUUAAAUGUGAUUAAAAUGUUCACUGUGCAGUAAAACUGUUUUUUACGUUACUCUCGGCUAUUUUCUUCGAACACCCGACAACUCGAACCUUUUUUCGAUUUCCCUUGAAGGUUCGAGUUAUCGGGAGUCGACUGUAAUAAUAAUGCUAAAUAAUUAUUUAUCUACCCCCCUUAUGGGGCUUUUCAGGGAUAAUAAUAAUAAAAAAAAAUGAUUCAAAUAGAACAUAAUAUGUUUAAGGAUCCCAACUGGUAGGAGGCAAACCAGUUGGCUAUUUACAUGCGUGGUCGAGGAUUUGAACUCCAGACUACCAAGAACAAAUCCAGCUAGUGGUUAGGGCGGGACUUCAACUCGGGGCUUCCGGAUUGCAAGUCCAGCGCUCUCACUACUCGGCCACGCUUCCUCCACGAUAUGGAGGCAAUAUUAUGGGAUAUGAAAAGCUUCUCUAGGGGAUCUGUGUAGUAUACAUCCGGGACGAGCCUAGCGCGGGAAUUCUGGGGUCAUGUAACUUGACGAAGUUCGGUUUUGGAGUGUAGCGGUGAGAUGAGGAGUCCUCGUAUGGCCUCAGUGGCUCUUUAGAAAUGCUGUUAUCUGUAGUGUCAUUCAAUUCGUUCGGGGAAAUGAAAGGAAAUCUCUUUUCCCACGGUAGACAAAAAAGGGAGAAACCUUUUGUACGUCUACGGAUGAAGUUGUUGCAUACUGAUUGUGCUGAAAGGAACAAAUGAUUUCUCCAAACCAGUAAGAGAUUUCAAAGAGUUUUGUCGCUCAAAAGCCUGAGGUAAGCUUGUCAACUCUUUCAGUCAAAUCAGAAUCUGAAACAUGAUUGAUUUAGUUUAAAAGUAUUGAAAAGCAAAUGGAAACACUAGACUGUUCACAGUCCCCUAUUUUUUCGUGAGAUCGUCGAGAUAUAGCGCGUCUUACCGUUAAUGGCGGCCAUCUUGAUUUUCAAAUGUACCGAGCUGGGGGCGGGCGUCGGGUAGCCCCUAAGUAGUUUUGACACUCAUGUAAGAUGGCAGCCCAUAACGCAAAGCCCUCGAUCUCGACCAUCCUCCGGAAAAAUAUAGGACUGUGAACAGUCUAUGGAAACACCGUGGAGAGGUUUCAUUUACAUGGUCCCAUGCCCAACAGGAUAAAAAGUAUGUCGCCAGAGUUUUCCAUGGGGGCGAAAUCUUUACUUUAACAUCGUAUAUGGCUGUAGUCUUUAUUUAAAGUCUUGUCCUGCGUAGAUGAGCAUUAUAGCUAUUUGCGGGACAUAAAGUAUUGUAACUUUUUAUUUCAUUAAAUACAUACAUUCUUGUUGUUGUUGUUGUUGUUGUUGUUAGUUUCAGAGUAAUCGGGCAGAACCCCCGAUUAAGAGUUGGACUUGCUGGAUAUGUGACUGGUAUAUUAGGCCAACACAACAAACAUUCCAAGUAAUAUAUGGAGCGCGCUUUUUAAUUUGGUACAUCAGUAAAAUUCUGUAUAGAGUAGUGUAUGGUAUCUUGUCUCGACAAGCAACCUUGUUAUUUUUAGGGAAAAGAUCUUCAAGAAUCCCUAGAAAAAGCCUUCUUGAACAAGAAAAACGAUUUCAAGUUUCGGAUUGCGGAACAGGAUUACAUUUUAAGUUUUAUACCAUCAAGUGACAUGUGCCAGAAAAACGUCAAGUAUGGCACGACGAAAAAAGUGCGAAGAAGGCCUGGAAAAUUUGUGUCUAAGGAUGACAUUUCUCAGCUUAAAAGGUAUUUGUGUUGUAGAAUUAAUUAAUGACAAGAACUUUAUCCCUUGCCACCGAUAAUAUAUAGAUUUAGCCAGGGCUAAAAGCGAAGCUCUUGUUAAUAAAACUUGUAAACAAAAAAAAUUAAAUCGUCUAAUGCUAAACGGGGAGGCCAAUGGAAAUGGCAUCAAUAGAUCUAAUUAGCAAAAAAACAAAUUGCACGUGCAGCACACUUUUUUUUCUAAUUAGCAAAACAACAAAAUUUGCACGUGCAGCACGCUUUUCGUCCUUCUUUGCCGUUGUUUUGCACAACUACAACGCUGUUUUGUAGGACUAAACGUCAAACUUCCUAGUUGCACAUUAUUUUUAUGGAGGAAUUCUUACCCAAUAUUUUGUCUCCUGUGUUGAUGUUCGCUUUUAUUUUUCAGUGCCGCUCAGUUUCACCUUGCUGGCCACUAGCAUUUCUCAUUGUCUCAGAGCCGCUUUGAAUUUUCAUGUUUUUCUUCCUACAAAAUUCUUCUCUUUUGUUCUCAGAAACUAGCUCUAGCUCAGUUUCUCUGUUAUCCACGUGAGUGUAAACAUCAAAAAUAACGUUGAAAAAGACACGACUUUGUUGUUGUUUUUUCUUUCUAAAAGUCCGGGCGGCCAUGCGAUUUCUUUCCAAAUAAAACCUUGAGAUGCAUUUGGGUUGCCAUACCUGUUAAUUGAAUUAUUUUACAUUGGUAUGUCUGUGGUGCGGACGGACGGUCGGGCGGGCGGGCGGGCGGUCGGUGUACGGUCACGUGAUUACCAAAUUUUCUCGGAUGGGUAGUUUACCACAUUUUUUUACCCAUGGUGCUCCGCUGCGCGCUUCGCGCGCGAGAGCUCCGCUAUGAUGGGCCAGUUUCUUUAUUUCAAAAUAAUUACCUUAAAACCUCACAUAUUCUUUUCACUGUGAAAUUAAGGUGACCAAAAGAAAUGUUUUGGUAAAGCUCUGUUUUAAGAUAAAAACUAGGUACCCAGCAAGACAAUGAUUUAUGUAAAAUUUGACCGCAGGUGUGGUCGUUCAUUUGCAUUAUAAUCAGUCACAAAAACAUGUCACAUGAUGGGCCAUGAUGUGAUGUGUAAUCUGUUGGAAGCUGGUCAUUGAUACCUGAAGCGUGUUUCGUGAAAAUUACCUCAAUGUGCUUUUACUGUUUAGGUAAAUGGCGGAUACCUCUUUGGAGCCCACAGACAGCCCCCGUGGGCUAAUCUGAUGGAUCUAUAGAGGAAAACUUAUGGUGUAAGCAUUUAAGUGAAACAUCGGGUAAUAAUUCUUUCACAGAAAACAAUCAGUUGCUCAUUUACGUGCUAUAAAUUCACUGAACUAUACGUUGGAACAUUCUUAAGAGAAUAAACUGCAAAACAAUGUGCCACUGCAUUGGAGCAGUGUAAAAGUGCAGACUGCGGACUGGCUGCGGCGCGGACUACUGUUUUUAGGGCUAGAAAACAAUGGGACUAUUGUUCUCAAGUUCACAUUUGCAUGGUGAAAAAAAUAGUCCGCACUGUGUUUUACACUGACCGCACUGCAUUACCAUCUUUUUCAUUAGGUCUCAGAACGCAGUGAGUGUCGAGCAAAGGAGUAAUACAAGAGUCACUAAUACGCCAAAUCAUUGGUCUUCCAUGCUAUCCAAGAGGCAAUAUCAACGUGUUUCGUUAUCAAGACUUUCUGAAGAAUUUAAAGAAGUGGAAAAACUCUUCAAAAAGUCCAUCAAACGGAGUGUGGUAAUUGUUGGAAUUGAACGAGUGCAAAACCCUUUCAUGUGGGAAAAGUACCAAAGGUACUACUAAACAAAUGCAUUAAACGUAAGGUAUUAAAAACUACGUCCUGACCAAUAAACGUUUCCGUCGCUUAUUACAACCCUAGAGGUGUGAGGAAACUCUAAUUGUCCCUAAAACAUAAAGAAAGACAAUAUCAAAACAUAAGGAUCACGAGGGCUUAACUUGAGUGCCGCGAGGGUUUGCGAGGCACGUUUUCCUAGUAUGGGCUGGUCAUUUGUGAUAAAUAGUGUUUUUCAAUCAAUACAUCUUUAUUGGAAGGGAGAUGGGGGAGGGGGGGGGGUUGGUUUGGUGGGGCUUAUUUAAAAGGCGUGGGCUUCAUAGAUUAUUAGUGCUAUUUAACUAUCCUCUUUUUUUCCAAAAAAAUAGCUCAAACAAUUUUCCAAAAUUGUUUUUUUUAUAUUUGUAUAUGCAUAAUUCACAUUUUAUCUUGUUUUGUCUUUUUAGUUUUUCGAGCGUUUUUAACAUGAGCCUCGACUCUGGCUCGGAAGAUUAUGCAAACACUUCUUACGUCUUCGAGAUUAAAUAAAUUAUUCUAUUCCAUUCUACCCUCAUAUACUGUAUCUGCAUGUACCCAUCUUAGUCUUAUUUACUCGGGUUGCUUGAGGGUCUUUCUCACUCCCACUCGUUUCUUACAGUAAGCUCCUUUCAAACCCUCUAAUCCCCUUCUCAAGAACGCUUCAGAGGCAGAGCAAUUGAUUUGAGAAAGAGAUCGAUAGCCCACAAAUUAGGUUGAAUUUUAUGACAUCAGUACGCGUAUUUUCGUUAUUGAAAAACACACAUGCGCGCCCUUCGGUUGUUCAUCCUCUUUAUAGUUCUUUAUUCAAUAUUAAAUUAAAGCGAAUGAUAGGACUUCAAGGCCAAAAACAAAAGUUGACUUUCAUUACUGUAUUUUAUUCAGGAAAAAGGAAAACAUGGCAGCAGCGAGGAUUGGCUCUACCAAGGGACGGUUUGUUAACGAGAGGCAAUUGUUUCAUGGAACUGACCCUAAAAACGUAGAAGGUAUCUGUAAACAUAACUUUGACUGGCGUCUUCAUGGGACGAACGCAACAGUUUACGGAGAAGGAAGCUAUUUUGCAUUAAACUCCUCGUACAGCGAUAGUUACGCUAAGGAAGAUUCUAAAGGGUCUAAGUUCAUGUUCGUCGCCAAGGUUCUCGUUGGGUCUUACACUAAAGGCCAGUCCAGUUAUCGGAGGCCACCGUCAAAGGAGCCUUCGAACCCCGCAAGUGAUCUGUACGAUUCCUGUGUUGAUGACAGGUCAUUUCCAACCAUUUUCGUCAUUUUUGAUACUGAUCAGUUCUACCCGGAGUACAUAAUCGAGUACACCACUGCUCGAGGCGGUCAUCAGCAGCCUGCGGGACCCGCGAGACCUACAAGACCUGUGGCAAGAGCACCAGCUCCAACGCCUAGACGCUCACCAGCUGCAAAGGUAGUGGCAACUAAAGCGCAUUACAAAGUUAGCGGCCCAUCCACCAGCCCAUCCACCAGUUACCAGACGAGCACAACCUCGAGUGUGCGUUCGCGUGUUCAAGCACCUGGUACAGGCGGUUACACUUCCACAUCCAGCACAACAUCUGCAAAUUAUUAUCAUUCACCCGUAGCAGGAGUGAGCCCAAAUACCAGCAGCGCAUCAAUCCAAAAUCAGUCUCUUCCCACGGCUUCAACUUCUACUUCAUAUGCGUACUCUGGCGGGUCAAGCAAUCAUUCGGUUUCACCUUCCUUAUCUCGAUCAUCCAGUCCAGCCUUUACGCCCAAAAAGCACAAGGGUUCUUCAAAAAAUAAGAAAUGUUUAGUUAUGUGAUUUCUUCCAUUGUUUUUGUUGAUUUUGUUGCAGCAGCGUUGAAAGAAGAAGAAAGUUUUAAAAACUAUCACAAAUGUUAAAU